GGAAGUCACGUGCAUACCCUCUGCCCACAACCCUUUGCCCUGGCCACUUUGGGAUUUCCCAUUUAUUGCCGAGACCCGCCUUUUCAUCUUCAACCUGCACACCCUCCUCCUCACCUCUCCCCAUCACCCUUCAACUUAUAACCCACCGCACCUUUGAUCUGUCGCAAUGGCUACUCAGUCGCGUGAAGAUUCUGUCUACCUUGCCAAGCUCGCUGAGCAGGCGGAGCGCUAUGAGGAUGGUGAGAACAUGAAGCGCGUCGCGUCUUCAGACCAGGAGCUCACCGUCGAGGAGCGCAACCUCCUCUCCGUGCCUACAAGAACGUCAUUGAAGGAGGAGUCCAAGGGUAACGAGGCCCAGGUCCAGAUGAUCAAGGGCUACCGGGAGAAGAUUGAGAGCGAGCUCGCCAAGAUCUGCGAGGACAUCCUCGAUGUCCUGGACAAGCACCUUAUCCCCUCAGCCGCGUCUGGCGAGUCGAAGGUCUUCUACCACAAGAUGAUGGGUGACUACCACCGUUACCUUGCCGAGUUCGCCACUGGCGACAAGCGCAAGGACUCUGCGGACAAGUCCCUCGAGGCCUACAAGGCUGCGUCUGACGUUGCUGUGACCGAGCUCCCGCCCACGCACCCCAUCCGCCUCGGUCUUGCCCUUAACUUCUCCGUAUUCUACUACGAGAUCCUCAACUCCCCCGACCGCGCGUGCCAUCUCGCGAAGCAAGCGUUCGAUGACGCAAUCGCUGAGCUCGACACCCUCUCCGAGGAGAGCUACAAGGAUUCGACGCUCAUCAUGCAGCUGCUCCGUGACAACCUCACGCUCUGGACUUCGGAUAUGCAGGAGUCUGACAAGCCCGGCGACAAGGAGGAUGAGGCUGCCGCUGAGGAGUAGGCACCUCGUACCCCUGUCCGCGCUUGGGUCGUCUCGCCAUCCUUUUGUCCGGGUAGCUUGUGUCCCCUGCUUUAAUGUCGCCACCUUGCAUUGUCAUCGUAUCAUAUCCUCGCACCAUACACUGUCGUCGCACAUCCAUUAUUCCAUUCUUCUAUUUUCCCGUCAUCUCUACUUUUUCUCGUGAUCCCAGACGAUCUGCCGUAGAGCCGGACGUCAGGUAGCGUAGUGGGCUCUUUUGUCGAAGUGAAAUGAAAAGGAAUCCCUCGUCUUGUCACGAAUGGCGGUGUGUGUUCCACCUUGAGAUGUUUCGUUCCUUUGCGGCGAGACCCUUUGUAAUGGGCUGUGAUGUCGAAUAGCACAGGAUUUUUGGUGUCA